AGUCAGUGGUUUCUUGGUGACACUAGACAGAGCAACUCCAGCGUUACCGCUCCCGCUCCUGGUUUCUCGGCUUCUCAUCGCAGUCAAUCUUGGACUUUGGGGUUUUGCUACUGUCAGAAGGACUUCUUUCUGCUUCAAGUGCUUGACAACGCACCCCUUUAUCAGGGUAUCAGAGCAUCGCCACAGAAUGAAGCUGGUUUCCAUCACCCUGAUGUUAUUGGGUUCACUCGCUUUCCUAGGCGCGGACACUGCAGGGCCAGAUACUCCUUCGCAGUUCCGAAAGAAGUGGAAUAAGUGGGCGCUAAGUCGUGGGAAGAGGGAACUACAAGCAUCCAGCAGCUACCCUACGGGACUCGCUGAUGAGACGACAGUUCCUACCCAGACUCUUGAUCCAUUCCUGGACGAGCAGAACACAACUGGCCCCCUACAAGCCAGCAAUCAGAGCGAAGCCCACAUUCGUGUCAAACGCUACCGCCAGAGCAUGAACCAGGGUUCCCGCAGCAAUGGAUGCCGCUUCGGGACCUGCACAUUUCAGAAAUUGGCCCACCAGAUCUACCAGCUAACAGACAAAGACAAGGACGGCAUGGCUCCCAGAAACAAGAUCAGCCCUCAAGGCUAUGGCCGCCGGCGCCGGCGUUCCCUGCUGGAGGUCCUCCGGUCCCGGACUGUGGAGUCCUCCCAGGAGCAGACACACACAGCCCCAGGCCCCUGGGCGCACAUCUCCAGACUCUUUAGGAUAUAGGUGCGGGUGACAGCAUUGAACAGUCGGGCGAGUAUCCCGUUGGCGCCUGCGGAAUCAGAGAACUUCGCACCGGGGCGGACUGAGACAAUCCUGCAGAGAUCUGCCUGGCUGCCCCUAGGGGAGGCAGAGGAACCCAAGACCAAGCCAGGCUCAUGCCAGAAACCGAGACUUACAGGCUGAUACUCUCCGGGCAGGGGUCUGAGCCACUGCCUUGCCCGCUCAUAAACUGGUUUCUCACGGGGCAUAAGCCUCAUUACUACUUGAACUUUCCAAAACCUAGCGAGGAACGUGCAAUGCUUGUUGUCCAGCCAAAGGUAACUAUAGUAUUUAAGUUUGUUGCUGUCAAGGUUUUUUUUUUUGUAACUUCAAAUAUAUAGAGAUAUUUUUGUACGUUAUAUAUUGUAUUAAGGGCAUUUUAAAGUGAUUAUAUUGUCACCUUCCCCUAUUUUAAGACGUGAAUGUCUCAGCAAGGUGUAAGGUUGUUUGGUUCCGUGUGUGUGUGUGUGUGUGUGUGUGUGUGUGUGUGUGUGUAAGGUGGAGAGCGCCUGAUUAUCGCCUGUGGAUGAAGAAAAAACAUUGUGUUUCCUAUAAUCUAUUUACAUAAAAUAUGUGAUCUGGGAAAAAGCAAACCAAUAAACUGUCUCAAUGCUGA